AUGAUAAAGAUUAAACAAAACACAUCACCUUACAUCCUACUUGUGGACGACGGCCCAACUACAAAAAAUUUAACAGGUACGACUGUGAGCAGUGUUCGCCCUUCAGGUGCAGAGGAGCGCCGUCAUUAUCAUCAUCAAACCCAACCACAACUCCGGAAUGUUGCUUUCGGCUCUAUUGUCAAGGCUACGACCCGUGCCGAAAACAAACUGGAAGGCCUUUCUAUUAGUAAAUGGGCGGAAGCUUCCGCCGAAGGAAGCUCACAACAGCGGCAGCAACUACAGAAACAGGCGCAGCCCCAGCAGGUUCAACAGCAGCUACACCAGCAGGGACACGAGUGCGCGGCUGAAGAGCCCUUUGCUUUAUCCCAAGAGCCUAUUGUACGAGGAUCUGCUCCAACUACAUCCUACCAAGCAGCUUUCACAACUCCUAUGGACAUAACCGUUACCAGUAUAAGUCCAAUAGAGUCUAAAACAGUUGAUAGUGAUGCGACUGAAUUUUCAGUUGAAGACAAGCUCGAAGCUGCAAGCGAGGCUCACCAGGCUUUAAGUACAUCUAAUAUGUGGUCUUCAAUCCCUUCCCGACCCCCUUCAUCGCUAGGCUCCUCUAACCAAUCCGGGACAUCUAUGGCCCAUGUAAAAUGUUCCGGGUCCCCACAGCAGCAUAAGCCUACUAGCUCGAGAAAUAAUGCUCAAGAUUCAACCCAGAGAGCCGAAAAUCCAUAUCUGGCGUUUGUCGCCGCUGUCGACCCCAACAACACCAUGAGCGAUGGGCGGUCCUAUGUUGGAGGCUCGAGAUACUAUGCCGACAAACCGGCAUCGCGCCUCAAACCAUCUUUCGGUCGGCCAGCUGAACCCAUGUCCAAGCAUCAAAAACAACCUCGGGGGUUCGAAGCUUCACGAUGGUCGGGCAGAGCGCUAGCGACUACAGAUUCGUUCCCAGGGGAGUUCCUCAACACUGCUCGGCAACUGCCACUAGUAUCAUCAUUAGAUGGUUCGGUCCAUCGAAAAAAUCAAAAUGGCACUACUCAAAUCGGCACCUUCGGUCAUUCUAAAGAACUAGUACAGCCCACCACUACCGAAAGAGAUCUUCGCAAACCCAGUCAACAAUCGGAGGCGACUAUGGCAGGCCAGCCACAAAGUGUAGCGAGUGGCCGAAUGAAGCCCUCAAGCAAAAACCAGGGGCGGCAAGAGCUUCAUGCUCAUUCCAUAUUGGGUGAAGAGGAAAUGUCUAGUAGCCAGGCAUUUUUUAUGGAAAUUGAUGAUGAAGUCGGUUCCAUGCGAGAGCCACAUUUCGUUACACCACCAUCCAGUAAUAAUAGCCCGCUAUUUCUUCAAUUCCCAAUUGGAGAUGGGUGCUACCUGGUAAUGGCAAUGUAUGUAGAGAUUGAUGUACGCACGGCCCUCAAAAGGUUCCCUGGAAUUGAAAGAACUCGCCAAUUAUCAAGCCAUAAAAUUCAUACUGUCCAACAAUUGAGUAUAAUCUUUCAGGAUGCUCUAAAAGACGAGAAGGAGAGCGUGCUCGUAUAG